UUGAGUUAUGAUUUAUAGAUCAGCAAAUAUCAGCGACUCUUGCAAAAGCUGCAGAUUGUGAAGAACUCCUGACUGGGUCAGAUAAACAAACAGAAAUAACAAUAGAUUGUCGGUAAAUGAGAAGACUACGGAGAUUUAUUUGGAGUUGAGAUGGCAGAAGCAGCGGAAAAAGCCUACUACCGGUUUGUGGUUCUGUUUUUUAACUGUAUGCUGACAUUCGGCUCUUAUUUCUGCUUUGACAUCCCUAGUGUCCUACAGGAACAGUUUCAGGGGAAUCUGACAUGUCCAAACGGGACGGUGAGUAACAGCACUGGUAAUGACACCGGGACGUGUGUGGAGGGUUUGGGAAUGACGCCGCAGGAGUAUAAUCUGCUCUACGCCAUUUAUGCCUGGACGAAUGCUGUAGUGGUGAUCAUGGCAGGAUUCCUCAUUGAUAAGUUGGGAAACCGCUUUGGCGUGUUCCUCUUCUCAUUCCUGACUGUAUUGGGGUCGGCUAUCUUUGCGUUGGGAUCUCAUUUUAAGGGCACGACGUACCUGUUACCCCUCAUGCUGACCGGACGACUACUGUUCGGCUCCGGAAACGGAUCCCUCACCAUUGUACAGAAUCGCAUCACAGCAUUCUGGUUCCGAGGAAAGGAGCUGGCGCUUGCGUUUGGACUGACGCUGGCGUUCUCCCGCUUGGGCUCAGUUCUGAACUUUUUCUUUACACAGAGGUUUGAGUCUCUGUAUGGGAUGCAGUGGACGCUGUGGGGAGGCACGUUCCUGUGUGUUCUUGGCUUCCUGUCGGCUAUAACCGUCAGUGUUCUGGAUAAGAUGGGCAUGAAGCAACUGGGAUUGGAUGGAGUCAUACAGGAGGAAUCACGAAAAGUGAGAAUUCAGGAUGUGAAGCAUCUGUCUCUCAGAUACUGGCUGCUGGUUCUCACUAUCAUGUUCUUCUAUAAUGGGAUCUUCCCCUUCAUCGCUGAUGCCAGUAAGUUUAUCCAGGAUAAAUACAGCGGGUACAGUCAGAAAGAGGCGGCGUACAUUGCAGGUGCUGUUUAUGACAGUUCAUUGGUGCUGUCCGCUGCUGUCGGCAUCCUCAUUGACCACGUGGGGUUGCGUGGUGUGUUUGCGGUGUUGUGUGCGGUGUUGACACUUCCUGUGUUUGGACUCCUGGCUUUUACAUUCGUCCCUCCUCUCGUAUCAACCAUCUGGCUUGGCAUCACUUAUUCAUUUGCUGCUGCGAGUAUGUGGCCCUCGAUUCCUCUGGUGGUGCCACAAGCCACACUGGGCACAGCAAUGGGUUUGGCCACAUCAAUACAGAUGAUUGGCAUCGGCAUUUCCAACCUGGUGGUGGGACAGAUACUGGGCACCAAGUCUAGUGACGUGAAGAUCCCGCUGUGGAGAUGGCAAUAUAUGAUGAUCUUCAUGCUGGCUAAUACCAUCAGCUGUAUUAUCACGUCUGGCAUACUCAACAUCAUUGACUACAGACAGGGGAGCACUCUCAAUAAGACGACUAAGAAGUCAGCUGUUCAGAACACCGCCACUCAAGCAGACAGAGAUCCGCUGAUAAACAAAGAGAGAGAAGAGACAGAGGAGAUAAAUGAUGUUCCCUCUAUCAACAGGAGCUGAAGGAAUCACUUACACUCUUAACUGUUGUGUAUUUGCUAUUUUCUGUCCUCUCUUUGAUCUGAUUCUGGGACACUGGACGGUUGCUAAAGGGAAAACACACAUGCUUUCAAAGGAGUGUCAUACAGUGUUCAGUAUUAACACUAACAUAAACAUAAAGACUUCAGGUACACUGCUCUGAAGAUUUUCUUAUGGGUCAGGACAAUCCUUAAACUCAACUCUUGACUGCCAAAUUUUAGCGUUGUUUUAUUUUUUAUUGUAUUUUUAUUUUUUUCCAUAAAAUAGACGGGUCAGUUAUAUUUUCUUUUUUAUUGUGGAAUUGAUUAAGGAAGGUAUAGACUAAGCUGGUAUGGAAAUGGCAAAAAGGACUGGUCCAUUGUUUCAUGACAAAGAACAAUGACAAUGAUCAAACCGCCACUGGAUACAUCAUUUUACAUAAGCUGGUCAAUAAUGUCACCUGUUUACUAAUUUGAGAGAGUUUUGUCUCUUUGAUUACCAUGUAAAGCCAUUUUGAAAACAUCAGGGGAAAAGGUUAGCAGAAGAUGAUAUGAGUCAAAUUCAUGUAUUGACUGACAUUGUAUUACAAGAAAUUGCUUAUAAAAUGAAUUAAUAAUGUGCAUUUUGCAAUCAGGGUAUUUUAUGAAACAAAAAUAAAGCUUGUGCCACCAAA